ACUAAAAAAAAGUACAAUAGUACGAGUUUUCCAUAUCUGAUUAUGUUCUGCUCUUCCACUUCUUCACAUACUUAUUUCCUUCCCUAUCGAGAAUUUAACAUUUAUCGUUGUAGGUGUUGGUGUAUUAACUCUGUUACCCAGGUUUAUUCAUAACUUUCAAGCACAAUGGCCACAUACGAAGAGGUUAAAGAUGUUCCCAAUCAUCCAGAGGUCUACUUGAUCGAUGUAAGAAAUAAAGAUGAAGUAGCUUCAACUGGUGCCUUACCGGCUAGCAUUAACAUUCCAUUGCCCGAAUUGGAGGAUGCCUUUAAGAUGUCUGAAAAUGACUUUAAGACCAACUUCAACCGUGAUAAGCCUACCGAAGAAACCGUAUUGAUUUUCAGCUGCUUGAAAGGAGGCAGAGCCCAAAAGGCUGCUGACAAAGCUUUAGAAAAGGGCUUUAAAAAUGCCAAACCAUAUCCCGGCUCGUGGACCGAGUGGGCACAAAAGGAAGGUCUAUAAACUCAAUCAUAUCGUAAAAAUGUAAUGUCAUAUCAUUCCUGGUUCAUGUCUUAAUAUCAAUCAAAUAAAUAAAAAAAUCUAAAAACAAUAAAAA